UCUUUUCAGAAUUUUUUUACAAUGUUUUUUCAAAUUUAUGACUCCUUGCUUAUGAUGAUUAUGGCAGAUAUCCUAAUCCUAAUGGCAUCUGAUUCAAAUGCUCCUAGUGGCUCCUCUAGCAGUGGUAGAAAAGAUCCAGCAUGGAAAUAUAACACACUGCCAGAUCCAAAGGACAUAAACUGUUUAAAAUGUAAUUUUUGUGGAAAAAUAACGAAAGGAGGGGUUUACCGAGCUAAACAACACCUUGUUGGAGGGUAUAGGAAUGCCAAAGUUUGUCCAAAAUGUCCUUCACAUGUUAAAGAAGAAAUUAGAGAGUAUAUGUCGAAAAAGCUAGAAGAGAAGAACAACAGUGAUGUUAUACCAGAUUUUGACGACAUUGAUACCCUUGGAGAUGAUGAUGAUGAUGAAGUGGUUUUUGAAAGAGGUGUUAAAAGGCCUAUGUCUUCAAGUUCAAGUCAAGGUUUAACAAUGCAACAAAAAAAGCAAAGGAUGAAAGGGCCUUUGGAUUUGCUUUCGCCUCCUAAACUUAAAGUGAGCACUGGGAAGCAAACAACAAUGGAGACCCAUGUCAAUAAAGAACUGAGGGAGAAUGCUUGCGUUUGGUUUUCUAGAUGGAUGUAUGAAGCUGGCUUGUCUUUCAAUGCAGUCAAGUAUCCAAGUUUUAAGCCAAUGAUUGAGGCUAUUGGUCGAGCUGGUCCAAGCAUGAAACCUCCUAGUUAUCAUGAGGUGAGAGUUCCUUAUCUUAAGAAGGAGUUGGUACGAACAAAUGAAAUUAUGAAGAGUCAUAAGGAGGAUUGGCCUAAAUAUGGAUGUUCCCUUAUGUGUGAUGGUUGGAAGGAUAAGAGAGAGAGAUCUUUGCUUAACUUUUUGGUAAAUUGUCCAAAGGGAAGCAUGUUCAUUAGAUCCAUUGAUACUUCCUCAUAUGCCAAGGAUGCUAUUAAAAUAUUUAAAUUACUUGACCAGUUUGUAGAGGAAGUAGGUGAAGCAAAUGUGGUUCAAGUUGUGACUGAUAAUGCCUCGGCUAAUGUUUUAGCUGGAGAGUUCUUAAUGGCUAAGCGAAAGCACUUAUAUUGGACACCAUGUGCUGCCCAUUGCUUAGACCUAAUGUUAGAAGAUAUUUUUAAACUUCCUAUAUUGAAGAAGACUUUUCAAAAAGCAUGUGCAGUAAAUGGAUUUUUGUAUAGCUCUACACAAGUGUUGAAUAUGAUGAGAAUAUUCACAAAAAAGAGAGAGAUGUUAAGACCUGGGAAAACAAGAUUUGCCACGGCUUUCCUCACCCUUUCAAGACUUCAUAAACAAAAAGCCAACUUGAGGAAGAUGUUCACUUCAGAAGAGUGGACUAACUCUAAAUUUGCAAGAGAAGCACGGGGUAAGCUUGCAUCUCAAACAGUGUUACAAGAUUCAUUUUGGAAAAAUGUUCUUUAUGCUCUCAAGGUGUCAGGGCCACUUGUCAAGGUGCUUAGAGUGGUAGACAAUGAGGAUAAGCCUGCUAUGCCUUAUAUUUAUGAGGCUAUGGAUAGGGCAAAAGAAGCCAUUGCAAAAUCUUUUGAUGAUGAAAGGAAAUACAAGCAAAUAUUUGAAAUCAUUGAUGGGAGGUGGAAUAUUCAAUUGCAUUGUCCUCUACAUGCAACCGGAUAUUACUUGAAUCCAGAAUUUUUUUAUUCAAAUGCAAGCAUUGGAGAAGAUCAAGAGAUUAUUGAUAGGUUGUAUCAAACCAUAGAGAGGUUGGUUCCCACUGCAGAGGUGCAAGACAAAAUUUCUAAAGAGCUAAGCUUGUAUAAAAAUGCUGAAGGGAUAUUUGGAAAACAAAUAUGCAUAAGAGGAAGGAAUCAAUUGGCACCAGUUGAAUGGUGGUCUCAAUUUGGUACUGCAACCCCUAAUUUGCAAAAGUUUGCCAUCAAGAUAUGUAGCCUCACUUGUAGCUCUUCAGGUUGUGAAAGGAAUUGGAGUGUCUUUGAGCAUAUAAGGGUGUUUUUUCUUAUUCUUAAUAUUCACCACUAAAGGUGUAUAAUUUCUUAUUUCUUUAACUUACUGAUUCUAAUUUAAUUGUGACAACUUCAUAACAAAAAGAGAAAUCGAUUGGAGCAACAACGUCUCAAUGAUUUGGUAUUUGUCAAGUAUAAUAGAGCUUUGAGACGUCGUUUUAGUUUGCGUAAAUCAAUUGAUCCAAUUUCUUUAGAUGAAGUUGAUGAAAGUAAUGAGUGGUUGCUUGGGGCAAUUGAUAAAUUUGGAGAGUCAGAUGAUGAGCUGGUACAUGAAGAUCAUGAUUUGACAUGGGCUGAUGUUGCUAUGGCAUCUGGUGUUAAAGAAGCUAAUCACUCAACUAGAUCAAAAGCGACUUCAACUUCAAAUUUGACAAGGGGGAGGGGGACAAGGGCAUCAACUUCAAAUGCUCCAAUGGAUCUUGACGAGGAAGAAGAAGAUGGAGAGGGAGAUGAUGUAGAAGAAGAUAUUGGAGAUGAUAGUUCUGAUGAUGAAAAUAUGGAUACAUUUGAUCUUGAUGAUGAGGAUGAUUUCUAGUUAUUAUGUAUAUCUAGUUAAUCCUAAUUAAAAUUUAGCCAUUUAGGACCUAUUAAUGGUUUAACUGUUUAAGGUUGAUCAUUUAACUUUUCCUUUUAAGUUGAUUGUUGACUUAAAAUCUUAAAACUAACAUUUUUUGGUGGGUUUUGCUUAAGUUUAAUGACAUUUUUAAUACUAUUUUGUUGGCUUUUAAUUAUAUAUGUCAAAUACUAAUUUUGUUUUUUAUUUGUGGUGUUUAAAUGUUGAUUCCUUUUUCUGAUUUGUUGAAAUAUGGUGAGAUUUAAUUUGCUGAAAUUUACAGGUAUGUCAUGAAUUAUGUUUAUGUUGUGAUUUAUUUAAUAUAUGUUGAAUUCUUGAAUUUUUUGAUAACAUAAAUGUUGAUAUGUGAUUAGGAUCUAUUUUAUGACUUAUUAUUCAAUUAAGAAGUAUAUUUUUCUUUCUUCUUAGUUAGCAUGCGCCUUGCACCUGCCAGGCGCGCGCCUCGCCUUGUGCCUUGCGCCUCAGGCUCCAAGACCCUUUGCGCCUUAGUGUGCCUUGGGCCUUUAAUAACACUGAUAGAUACAAAAUUUCUUUUGCCUGUCUUUUGUUUCACUCUAUUUUCUUUUAGGUUGUAGGAAGGGAUGAAAUUGCUUAUGCCUUUACUAUGAUCACCAAUAACAAUGAUAUGAGAUUGCCAACUUAAUUCUAUGUAUGCACGUAGGAUUUGUGGAAGGAAAAGAAAAACAAAAUUAAAUGUUUUUAUGUGCAUGUAUGUAAGAAAUUACAU